AUCCGCGUUUUUUGCUGUAGUAUCAGGCGGAACCUUUAGGCAGGCGGACUGGUUGCCGGGGGAAGUGCGAGGCAGUCGGACUGGGUUGUGCGGGGAGUGACGGCCAAUGAGCUGUUUGCUGGGCAAGGGUAAAACUUGUGAACCAGGUGUGUGUUAUCUUGGGGAUGAGGAUGGUGGUGGCUGGUGUCGGCCUUGUGCGGGCUCUUGGGAUUCCUUCACCCUCAACCCGGCACUUGUUUGGACCAACUUUCACUGGCUUAAUGGGAAAGAGGAGCAACAACGAAGUAAAAACGUGCUUCUCUACGACUUCAGGUGAGCACGAGUCUUCACGAAAUGAAAACAAAGGCAAUGAUGGAACCAUAAAAUUUAGCACCAGUAAGGCAAGCCACCGUAUUUGGACAGUGGGCAAGUCAAUGGGCAGUGAUUACCAGAACUCUUGGUGGAAGGUUCUUCCUCUGAGCCUUGCUGGAAUUGCAUUUUUACUCUGGUGCUUCCUACGGGAUGAGACUGAAGUUGAUAAAGUACUGGAACAUACAUUGCUUGACCAUUUCCCCGAAUUAAAACAGCUCACACUUGAACCGAAAGAACACAACACACAAAGAAACAUGGCACAAAAGCAAAAUACUGCUGAUGUUGGGAAUCUCAAAUAAAAGCAGAAAAUUCUGGAACUA